AUGGCUCCCUCCAUCAAUGAGUUCUCCCAUACGUCCUCCUCCCAGCCCUCCAUCUGCCGAAUCGGCAUCAAUGGAUUCGGCCGGAUAGGUCGUAAUGUCCUCCGCGCCGCCCUCGACCGCUCCGACCUCCAGAUCGUCGCCAUCAACCAUACCUGCACCUCCGUCCAAGACCUCAUCUACCUCAUCCGCUACGACUCCUCCAUGGGCAACUUGUCCGCCUCGAUCACCAUCCAUGCCCUCUCCGACACCUUCAUUGCCAUCAAUGGCCACCAGAUCGCCCUGACCUCCGAGCGUGACCUCAAGAAACUGAACUGGGCCGCCCUGGGCGCCGACUACGUCGUCGAAUGCACCGGCAAAUUCACCAAGCGCGAGCUGGCCCUCGACCACAUUACACACGGCCACGCCAAGCGCGUCGUGAUCUCCGCGCCCAGCGCCGAUGCCCCAACCUACGUCUACGGCGUCAACAGCGACAGCUACACGCCCGACGAGGCGCGCCGCGUCAUCUCCUGCGCCUCCUGCACGACCAACUGCGUCACCCCAGUCCUCAAAGUUCUGCACCACCACUUCGGCAUCGCCCAGGGCUACCUCACUACCGUGCACGCUGCUACCCGCUCCCAACAGGUCCUGGACGGGUACAGCAAGAAGAAUCGCCGGCUGGGCCGCAGCGUCUUCGACAACAUCAUCCCGACCACCACGGGCGCCGCCAAGGCCAUCGCCACCGUCCUACCGGAGUUGACAGGGAAGGUGACGGGAGUGUCGAUCCGAGUGCCCACCCCCAAUGUCUCCAUGAUUGACCUCACUAUCAGCACGGAGAAGCCGACCUCGCUGGCCGAGAUCCUGGCCAUCUUCCGGCGCGCGGCCAAGUCCGAGCUCGCGGGCGUGCUGGCUGUCUCGGAUGAGGAGCUGGUCAGUAGUGAUUACCUGGGAAACCCGCACAGCGCGAUUGUGGAUGCGGCGGCUUGUUCCGAAUUGAAUCCGCAGUUCUUCAAGAUCAUGGCGUGGUAUGACAACGAGUGGGGGUACUCGAACCGCCUGCUGGAUUUGACGGCGUAUGCGGCCUCGCGGGAGGUGUAG